ACCCCCGAUAUCUUAUUAGUUUUUUAAGUUUUAGGUGAAUUCUCACUCCACUUAUUAGGACAAAUAUCCCAGUGUCGUAUUCUGUGUUGACUAAUGGCUGCAAAUCCACGGCUGCAAAUUUACAUGCACGUUUUGACGGUGAGUUACGGACAGGAUCUGAAGUUGUAUUUUUACAGUGAGAGACAGAAAGGGAAAAGCUAAUGCUUCAAACAUCGACGAGCAGACAGACUCUCAGCAUCCUUUCCAGACAAUGGACAAGACUGAGCUCCGUGGGUAGUAGUACACCUGUAAGAGGCACACUUUUGUCUGUGAGGGGGACUGGAAGCAGCCGGAGCUCCUGCCCUAAUUUGGCUGUGAAAACGAGACACCAGUCAGCUCUGCAUCCUGACCAGAGAGAUUAAGAUGCCCUAGACGGGGAGAAGGGAAAUGUAAAUGGCUUCCAAAGUAAAAGAUGCUGUGGUGUGGUACCAGAAAAAGAUUGGCGCCUAUGAUCAGCAGAUAUGGGAGAAAUCAGUGGAGCAGCGAGAAAUAAAGUUUAUUUCUCUGGGCUUGAGGAACAAGCCAAAGAAGACAGGCCAUGUAAAACCAGACCUCAUAGAUGUGGAUCUGGUUAGAGGUUCGGCAUUUGCUAAGGCCAAACCGGAGAGUCCGUGGACAUCGCUGACCAGGAAGGGGAUCGUCAGAGUAGUCUUUUUCCCAUUCUUUUACCGAUGGUGGAUCCAGGUCACCUCCAGAGCUAUUUUCCUGUUGUUACUAGCUCUUUAUCUGCUGCAAGUGGCAGCGGCAGUCCUCUACGUGACCAUCCCUCAGCCUCAUGGGAUACCAGCCACCGAGGUGUUCGGAGCCAUCUGGCUCAUGUUGCUGCUGGGCACCGUCCACUGUCAGAUCGUCUCCACCAGGACACCGAAGCCUGCCUCCAGCAGUGGGGGGAAGAGACGCAGGAAGUUGAGGAAGGCAUCUCAGAUGGAGGUGCAUAGGGAAGGAGACGGGUCUAGCACUACCGAUAACACACAAGAGGGGGCGCCACACUCCCACUCAGCCAGCACCACAUACAGCCUCGGCGCUCUCUUCCAAGAUUUCUGGCAUGAUAUCUGUAAAGCUGGAUCUAAGAAGUCGAAGCUGUCCAUCGACAAGUCAACAGAGACUGACAACGGUUACGUGUCAUUGGACGGCAGGGUGACGAAUCGGAGUAGCGAGGAGGGGCUGCAGCUCCAUGACCAGGGGUGUGAUUCACUAAACAGGGCUGACGAGGUGUGCUGGAACUCACACUGCCCUCCUGCACAUGCUCACACAGCUCGCAGCACAGGACUGAUGCUGGCCGGUGGCAAUAAGGAGCCAGCGUCAGAUGAGGCCUCCAGUGAGGAGGACCCUGAGGCGUCAUACAGCGCCCUCCGCAGAGGAGUUGAACGGAUGAACAGUGAAUGUGCACUCAGAAACCGCAAGAAUUCACACCACUAUAAGAAGCACUACGCUGUGGAGGACGUGCCCAAGUCCGGCACCAGCUGCAGUUCCAGAUGUUCCAGUCUGAGGACUCAGGACUCAGAGAGCACGCGACAUGAGUCUGAGACAGAGGACCUGCUGUGGGAAGACUUCCUCCACUGCGCCGAGUGCAGAUCAUCCUGCACCUCAGAGACAGAGGGAGAGGGAGGAGGCACACCUGUCUGUGCACCUGCCAAAAAGGAAUACAGAGAUGAUCCUUUCCACCAGGGUCACGUUCCGUGGCUGCACAGCUCCAACCCCGGCCUGGAGAGAGUGAGCGCCAUCGUGUGGGAGGGAAACGAGUGUAAGAAGGCCGACAUGUCUGUUCUGGAGAUCAGCGGCAUGAUCAUGAACAGAGUGAACCUGUACACCCCAGGGAUCGGUUACCAGGUCUUUGGAAACCUCGUCUCGGUGACACUCGGACUCACACCGUUUGCUUACAGGCUGGCUCAAUACCGGGACCUGGAUCAGCUGACCACACUUUCAGCCAAUGAGCUUCUGUCUGUGGCUCUUGGGGGUGGAUCUGGCUCAGACGCCUUGGUCAUCACCAUGGUUACUCUGAGCUUCCUGGUGCGCGUUUGCCUUAUAUGGCUUUUUUUCUUCCUGCUCAGUGUAGCAGAGAGGACCUACAAACAGAGGCUGCUGUUCGCCAAGCUGUUUGGUCAUCUGACCUCGGCCCGAAGAGCCAGGAAAUCUGAAGUUCCACAUUUUAGACUGAAGAAGGUUCAGAACAUCAAGAUGUGGUUGUCGUUACGCUCCUACCUCAAGAGACGGGGUCCUCAGCGCUCAGUGGAUGUGAUCGUAUCGUCUGCCUUCCUGCUCACUCUGUCUGUCGUCUUCAUCUGUUGUGCCCAGUUGCUCCACGUCCAUGAAACCUUCCUGGAGUGUCACUAUAACUGGGAGCUGGUGAUCUGGUGUUCCAGUCUGUCUCUGUUCCUGCUCAGGUUUGUGACUCUGGGCUCUGAGACCAGCAAGAAGUACAGCAACACCUCCAUACUGCUCACCGAACAGAUCAACCUGUAUCUGAAGAUGGAGAAGAAGCCAAACAAGAAAGAAGAGCUGACACUGGUCAACAACGUCUUAAAACUGGCGACCAAACUACUGAAGGAGUUGGACACUCCGUUCAGGUUGUAUGGUCUGACCAUGAACCCCCUGCUCUACAACAUCACCCAGGUGGUCAUCCUGUCUGCUGUAUCCGGAGUCAUAUCUGACCUGUUAGGAUUUAACCUCAAGCUGUGGAAGAUCAAAUCAUGACAGUGAGCAGUGAGACGGCGGGGGCGGAGCUUCACUCUCAGACUGACUCACUGAGCACCGGUCGGACUGAGCGACCGUCAGUCGACGUAUCCGAGUGCUUUGACCUUCAAUCCUCCCACUUUGUGCAAUUUGUAAACUAUUUAUUUACCCACUCAGUGUUUCCUUAGAUUUAUUUGAAUUCUAGUUUGUUUCACGUUGGCUCUAAGUUACCCGUUACCUGUCGACUCAAGUAUUAUCCUCAUCCACAGGAUGGUUCGGUUCUCAGAUGGAUUUCAGUUCCAUUUCAGUUCCAUUUCAGUUCCAUUUACAUUUCAGCUCCAUCAAACGUCAAUCAUAGUGAGCUGCAUUUUAAGCUGCAGGUUGAGCUCAAGUUCCUGUGUUGUAUUGUGUUUAAUUUGAUUGAACUUCAGAUUAUUUAUGUUUUAAAGCAAAGCGUCAAACUCUGUUACAAUUUUAAAACCUGAUUAUAAAUCACAUUUGUUAUUUCAGCUGUUUUCUUUUCAAUGUCAAAGAAAGUGGAAGGAAUUUUUCUUUAGGUUUUAAGGCAACGUAAAGUUUAAUAUAUGUGAAUAUGUUAGUAAAGGCUUCAAACAGGAGUAUGUUGUGAUAAAACUACAGGUAAAAGGAUCAUUUAUCCUUAAAUCUGGCUCAGAUAAACUGAGAACCAAGGAAAUGUCAUCAGUUCUAAUCCAACAUUUCAUUCAUCUUUAUUUUCUAUCACAUCUCAGAUUAAAAUCUGUAUUUUAAUAGAUGAAACUGCAGGUAAAUAUAUUAAUUUGACGUAACCAAACGUUGAGUUGGAUGUGAAGACGUCAGCACUGCAAAGAAACAAUCAUCCAGACAUAAUCGAUACAUGAUUGAUGAACACAUUGAUUUGAAUGUAGAUCUACAGUAGAGUCUGUAGACUGGACUGUGCUGCAGCUUCAACAUCCAUUUUACAACCUUUUAUCUCUUAUCUUCCUUUACUUGUGAGUUUUAUUUACAUUGCUCAUCUCUGAGUUAUUUCCAGAUUUCCACGUGUUUCAUGACAGUAUUGUCAUCUGUUGAAACCUGAUCAUGGUCUCACAGGAGGUUGGAGGUUUUCAGUGACGCUGUUUGAGGUCUGGUGGAUCCGGGCUCCUCCGGGUCCACUCACUUCUACAUGAACCAAUGAAAACAACCGUUUUCUCUCAGAUGUAACUGUGACGUGUAAGGACAUCUGAGUGUUUGUUUCGGUGUAAAUCUGCACAGAUCGCAUUCCAGUCCCGUGUUUAGUGACUGUAUUUAUAAAUAUGACAAACAUAGGACAUUUUCAAGUCCAGCUCUCAGUGACUAAACCCUGAUGUUUAGAGUCUGGUGGACGUGAUGGUGUAGUGUCACGUUUGUUCCACUCCUUUAACGUCAGGGUUUUAAUAACUGAAGAUGCUGAGUGUGAGUGAAGAGCCUCUAAAAACCAGAUUCAUGUGCAUCAGGUCUGACAGCGAUCCAGGUCACAUGACUCCAAACACUGCAGUUAAAACGUCUGAGUGUGAACUAAGAUAAUGCACUUUAAGAACACGUUGAAAAAUGGACGAUGGAAGUAGUUUCGUCAUGUUUUAAUGUCAACAGGUGUAUGUUUUUGUUUUGUUUUGUUUUUUUACCUCACCUGCUUGAAGGAGUUUGUGUGUUUUCCGUUCGACGCUGAAGCUACGAUACUGUACAAUUUCUGACUUCAGUCCUUCAUGGUACGUGAAGGUCUAACGCCCUCAGAAAGUCAAAGUGUGAUCGAGUCUGACUUCAUCCAUUUAACUGUGUCCAUCAUCAUAUUCAUCGUCUGAGGAGGAAGACCAAAGUGCUUACUUAUGUUUGUUUUUGUUUGUCUCAGCUGGAAAAAGAAUGUAUUUGCAGCACAUGCUUUAAAAUCUAUUCAUUUCCUCUUUGGAAAUACUUUUAAGUUGUAUUUUUAUUUUUUUUGCAUUGCGCUUUUUAUUCUGUCAUUAUUCAUUUGUAUGGCUUUUUGUUCCUCACGCUCACUGGAAAGAAGAGGCACGUUUUGUUUUAUUGUGUUUUUAAGGAACAAAGAUGUUUGACAUGUCUGUAUGAAAAUGAAUCUAAAAUACAGGACUCCAUGUUGUAUUUCUAUUUUCAAAGAGUCUGAAUAUUUAGAUGUAGCUUUUUUUUGUGAACUGGUCUGUCCACGAUGUCUACAUUUUUAUAAUAAAACAAUAAAAUAACAUGGAUGUUGA